CGCCGCGCUCCGCCCCGGGUGGCGGCCGGAGUCUGGCGGAGCCGCGGCGGCCGGAGGAUAACCCUUUAUUCUGACCUGGUUGAUGGUAUGGUCUCUGAAACUGUUGUGAUGGCCCAAGGCCUGGCAUGAGUGACCAGCUGGGAAACUGGGGAUGAGAUAGACUUUGAUGCAACUUACUUGAGUGUUUUCUUUUAAUGUGCUCACAUCUGGGCAUUUGAAGCUGAUGAAAUGCAGCACACAUCAACAGAAUCCAUCAAUUUUUAAACAAGCAAACAAGUAUUUGAUCCAAAAUAUGUUGCUCUAAGAGUCAGUGAACUCUAGUUUUGGCAGAGCUGCAUGACUCCUGCAGCUAGGAAUGCUGUGCUGAACAUGCAGAACUUUGAGUCCCCAGAAGAGCCUACCAGGAACGAGUUUGCUCAAAGGUGGCUUUUAAAACAAACCAGAUAUUUUUAGUGAAGGAGCCAUAAGACAGAGAAGCCUGGAAAGACUAAAGCUGCAAGAACAGGAGCACGUUCGAAAAAGGGGGGAAAAAAAGAGAGGGGGUUGAAAGAAAAAGACGUGGUGAUGAAAAGAAGUUCAAGAGAGAAAAAGGAAAGCUAAGCGCGAGAGGAGAGAAGAGAGGCAGAUAGAUGGAGAUGAGGAACAUCCCCCAAAGCAGCAGAAGGUACCGGCUGAAGAGCAGCACUGGCCAGAGAAUAUGCCUGAAUGGGAAGAAAGGAAAUCCCUGCUAGCUCAGAGAAGAGUGGAGUCUGUCAGACUGCUUACAGUGCUGUUAAAUCGUGUGAAAUUGGCAAGUCAAAAAGUGGAUCCUUCACUGGGUGUAAAGAAGGACAGUUCAUUUUCUGAAACAGCAUUUAAAGACAUACAGCAGGAGCUGAUUAACUCCCUUUAUCGUACGCACAAAGAGCUGAAACGUAAGGAGUUUAAGUGCCCGCUCACCCAAAAAGGUAGUGCUUUAUGCUGUGAGGAGGGAGAUGUGAGUAACUUCCAUGCACCUGCUUGUCACAUAGUCAGGACAGUUUUAAAUGAUCCCUCUGCAGCCCCGAGCUGUGCUGGACUGCCUGGCAGAGAUGUGUGCAACUCCUGCCCCAGAGGCUGCGCGCCUUUGCUGAUCACGGUCACCCAGGACGGCAGGGUCAUCGAACCUCUCCGUGGAAGGCACCGCCCAGCCCUGGAUGUAGUUCACACGCAGACAGUGGCUGAGGAAGAUGAUUGCAGAAAACAAAAGGUUUAUGAGACCGAUGAAUUCAUCCAUUAUUUACUAAACUACUAUCAGACACCACACUAUGCACGGGUUUGCUUAGAGCCAAAAACCACUGUGAACAAGUCCCGGUGGAAGCGAGUGGUGUCUGAUGAUGGUAGUGGGUUUGACACCGGCUUGAGUGACAAACACGGUCAGCACUUCAGAGAACUGAGUCCUGUACAAAACCUCCACAAGAGAAAUUGUAGUAGUGAUAGUAAUUAUAGGCUGGUGAUCACUCUUGGGGAACUCGAGUCAACAGACAAAGUGUUAGAAAGCAAGGUCCAUGGGGGCAAGCUUGCAAAAAAGCUGCAGGUGCAGAGGAAUGACUCACUCACUGUUGAUAAUGUACCACAUGCUGGACUGAAUCAUUCUUUGGAGUGCACUACUGUUACUCAUAAUGAGGAAUUCAAACAAGAAGAUGGUAGAGAUGAAGGCACUGUACCAUAUGGAACAUGUAGAUCUGCUUGCAGAUUAAAGGAUUUGUUGGAAGAGAUCAGUGAUUCUGAGUACCUUAGAGAGGCAUGUGGUGGCUCAGUGAAGAGAGCAGAAAGAAGGUAUGAAGAAAUUUACAGCAGUUGUAAAAAAGGGUGCUUGUCUGCAAGAGCCGGGGAAAGAGAAUUACUGGUUUACCAUAAAAAUGUAGCUCUGGAAGGUCAAGAGAAGGAAAUCAGCCAAUGUAACUCCUGUUCUAAUUCUGUCCAUGAGGGCUUGGCAAGGCAGUGUGAACAUAAACUUAAAAAGUCAUGCAAGAGGUCUAGUAGUAAAUUAAGAUAUGAAGGAAAGAAAAGUGAGAGACAAUCCAGGGAAAAGGAGAAAAAUGCUCAUAAAAUGAAGAAAAAGCGAAAAAAGCUUUCCUCUAAUCUUUUAUCUGAUGAAUGUGGCUUUUCAGAGACGGACAGUUGCACGCAGCUGGAGUCGCUCAGAAAGAUACAGAGAAAAUGUAAGAAAAUGUUGCACAAAAAAGUGAAAUUCAAGACACAUCACACCUCUGUGGCUGCACCAGAUGUUACCUCUCACGAUGGCUCACCCCUUCAGGAGACCCUCCAGAGGAGAGGAGAUGAGAGGAAAUUAAUGUUGAGACGAGAGACGGAUGCAGAUGUCAGAGGAUGCCCUCUAUUUCCUCUUGAGAUAAUUCAGACAAACCCCUUCUCAGAUACUUUCUGUGGAGGAGAGCCCAGAAGAGGAUGCUGAACAGCUACUGUAUUAUAGCUCUGAAGUUUUUAUAAACAAGUGGGAGAAGAAAGCCCUUUGAUCAUUAAAAGGUAUAUGAGCUAUUGGGUUGGUUUUUGAUUUUUUUUUUCUCACAUAAUUCCUUUGGUUAGAAUAUCUAACUGGUGAAGUGAGCCACAGAAGCAGAACUUGUGUUUGCCUUUUGGAUAACUUUUGGACCAAAACUUUCCCCAGAGCCAGAACAAACUUUCAUGGACCAGUGGCUAAAGAACUUGAAAGGACACCGACUGAGAUCUUGGAGCAUUACACUUUGAAUGCAGAGAAUCAUGUAAAAUACAGUAUUUACUAAUAAUGAGUCAUUGGAAAAAAAGCCUAACUGUCAAUCCUAGAGCAAGCAUAUGAAGUGCCUCCUCUAUCAGAUUGUUAUAUUGCUGGAACUGAAAAGUGUGGGGGACAUUUAUACUCAAUUUUGAGACAUAAUAGAUUUCCAAAUGUGGAAAAAAGUCCCAUCUUCUGGAAAAACCACACUGGAAGAAUCCUUAUUUUGUAUUCACAAUACUAGAGGUGUUUCUGAAAACUUGCUGGCUUUUGGGAGGAUUUCACUGAACUUAUGCUCAGUGUAGUGCUUCCAGGAAUUGGAAUGGUUGUCUAAGCAAAGCUCUGGGUGUUGGAUAAUGAAAGGGCAGUGCAUCUCAGCCUGCUGACAGUCCCCAUGUAAAUGCUGGCUGACAGUUCACAAAAUUUUGAAGGCACAUAUAGUGAGGUAGCUGUUUAGUAUGAGUUUGCCUACAAAUGCUUUCCAGAGGAAUUGUGAAAUGUUGUCAGGGUUGUGCUGCAUGUAGAUAAAAAUGGGAAAAUGCAGUCUAGGAGCUUGAAUUAUAUCCAUAUUUAUUCAUCUGGCUAUAUCUAGAUAACAGCCACAAUUGCUUUUGGACAAAGUCCAUUAGCAAGGUACAGAGUUUGAAGUUCAAUACACUGAUCAUUACAGCUUUCAUUUUAUUAUGCUUUAUUUAUUACAUGUCAGUAGACAAAGUUAAUGUGAAAAUGUUGCCUUCAUUACGUAAGGUCUUACCCAUGUUUGUAACUUCUGCUCUAAUAAAUAGUAAUAAAAAAGAAUAAAUGUAAUUGUUCGUGGUAGAUAGGUUUUUCCCCAGUCUUCAAUACUGGUGAUUCCUACAGGCUUCUAAGCCAGGUUUUAUCAGUCUUUCUGUUCAUAUGUUCAGAUGUUGAGUGCCUUUUCAGGGUCAUGAAUGACAAAUGAUUGCUACUCAAAGUACUGUUAAUCUAUUACUUUUAUCUAAAAAAAUGUUAUUUUCUUGACAGAAAUAUUUUCUGACUAUUUUGGAGAGCCUUUAUGCCCCUCUUAAGUCUCCCCUUUAGUAUUUUAUACAGUUAUAAUGAAGAGGGAAUAUUGCAUUUGGUGACAGUGUAAAAUGUUUUCAGGUGCACUGAUGUGACAUACCAAGGGUGUUUUUUCUCUAUGCAAUAUUUGCAGAUUAAAGAUAACAAAACUUCCCCUCUGUCAAUCUAUACACAGUUUUGUGUCCAUGAGAACCCAUUUCCCACGAGACAGGCCUUUUGUUGACAGGUGAGGAAGUAUUUCUUUUUAUUAAUCCGGGGGAGAAGAAACAAAAGAUUUCCUUCAGUGUAAAUCUCCAGUGUUUUAUCAACAUGCUGUCACAAUAACCAAGAACAAAUAAAUACUCCAUUUCUGUAAUUGCUUCAGGCGUUCACCUGUAUUGACUGAAAUUGACAGAGGAUGUGCUUUCUCUCCCAAGUCCUCCUUCCAUGUAAAGCAUUGUUAGUUAAUAAAAUAUGCAUGCACUUCAAAA